AUAAUGUUGAAGAAUGUAUAUUGGCGACACAAGAAAAGAUUAUUGAGAAUGAACAUCGAUUAAACAGGUUGCAGUCGGUUCAGAAUGAAAUUAAUGAGGAAAUUAACAAUGAUCUAAAAAGGAUCCAAGAACAGAUCUAUGAGGCAAGUAAUCUUUCCAUAAAUGUUGGAUCAUAUUUCAAAUGUCAGACGAGGACCACCGAACAACUAGAUUACAUGUUGCAAGCUAUACAUGAGUAUGCUCGUCUAAUAGAGGAGGCCAGCCUCACUAUUAAACACUUUGGUGAUGUUGGAUCACCUAUGAAAUAUGAAUCACUGGAUUUAUCACCGUUUCGACAACACGAGGGUAGUAUUUCCUAUUUCGACGAUCAUAUUCACCAUUCUGCGCGUUCGUCCUCAUCUGAAUCCCAAGAGUCGCCAGGCGCUUCCCCCUCAACCACCCAUACGGCCGCCACCACACCCACAAGUCUAGUCACAGACCCAGAACUUUCCCCUGCGGAGCGACCUCCGCAGAUGAUAUACCCGUUACCUCGUUAUCAAUUAAAACAUCAAAAACUUCUACUUUCGAGCAUGCGCCGAGCCGCCGUGGGAUUAAAAUUCCUAUUGUAUGCAAAUCAAUUAAAUGAUUACAAGAAUGAUUUUCCAGACAGCGAUUGCGACUUGGAUCUUGGAUCAUUUGAUAAUCCCCUGACUGAAGAAGUAGUUACAACCACUUAUAGAGAUGUUUCUCGGGAUCGUGAAGGUAACGACAUAGAUAGUAAAACAAACACAGCUUGUUCGAGAAGUGAUAGCGGAUGCGACAGUAACAAUAGCGAUAGUGGCGGAAGUGACAGCGAAAAGAAUAGAGAUAACAAUCCUGGAAACAUAUGUGUCACUAUACGUAAAAGAUCGCAUGUUGUUCAUUCUUAUGAUCUAUUACGAUUCGAGAAGCGAACGGUUGGUCGUACAACAGGAAUACUCUCCAACAUGCAGCUACCAAUUGCUCGCGGGAGAAUAGGACAUUGUGGCAUAGUUAGCGAAAAAAACACUUGA